GCUGAUUAUGAGUCAACCGCACCGCAAUUUCAUUUGGUUGGCCAAUUGAAUGAUGUAAACAUGUCUGCACAUUACUGCGGCUACAACCCGCCGCCGCCGAACUUCAAAACCUUUUUUCCCGAAAAAUACAAGGACCGACUGCAGCGACUUCCCAAUUUUGGAAAAUUGCGAUCAUCGUGGGAGAUCCACAGGCGACCGACCCUCGUGGUUCUUCAUGUGUUUGCGGAUGAUAUCGGUGCGCUAGACAAAUGGAUAGAUGUGGUAUACCGACUAGCUGCCCCUGGGUUUCUUGGCGGCGAGAUGGACUUUUUCGUGGACGAUCUGUGGCAGUCGUUCAUCUUCAAUGAGGAUGACUUCAGCUUCUCUCGGAGUGACGAAGGAUGUACAGUGGACUCAUUUCCCCUGAUAUACGCCGCAAAUUCAACUGGAAAGGUAUUCUUCUUUGGGGAUUUCACUGGGCCUAAACUGCCCGACCUGGAGAGUCUAAGGGAUUUCUGCGAUCAGGUGAUUAAGGGGAUAGCCGAGGAGCCCACUGCUAGAGAUCCCAAGGUUGAGAAUAUAAGCCUUGAUAGCUGGAACGAACUUAUGUACGCCAGUGAUAAUGAUAUAGCGAUUUGCUUCUACAACUCCUUGCAAAAUGGCGCUGAAGUCAAUAGUAGUCUUAUGGCAAAUCUGGAUUGGCUGGCCGAUAAACUGAAACAGGAGUCAGUGCUUCUGUACAAGAUGGAUAUACAUGGAUCUAGAAUCCCAAAAAGUUCCUCGUAGAGUCGCCACCCGACUUCUUCUUCCUCCAGGCAAACCAAAAGCAUAAUCCCUUGCGGUGCAAAUAUCAGCUGAACAUGUGGACAAUGCUGAGAUUUGUAGCCGAAAAUUCUAGCAAGGAGCUUAGCUACUAUAACCGUCGUGGAAAUCGAAAACUCCAUGCUGAUUUGUUAAUCCAUAUAAAGGAUUAUUUUAAUUUGAGCAGGAAUAAGACCCGUUAUUAGUAGUGGGUAUAACAUUAAAACUUUGAUAUUUAUCUUUAUUUAACUGUGCAUAUAGACCUUUGUUUUUAAUGACCUUACAUCUUAGAGAAUUGUAAAAUUAUAACUCAGUCGGUAUUC